CGUAGUUAAACGUCACGACCCAAGAUGGCGCUCCCCGUGCGGACUAACUUGAGACGACUCCUCAGAUUCAUUCAGAAGUUUAAUUGUCCGAAAAGACUCCUCUGCGCUGUCACUGCCACGGAGAAGAAGGAGCCUCCAGGAGUUGGCCGCAUAUUCUCGGGGAUCCAGCCAACAGGGGUGCCCCACCUGGGCAACUACUUAGGUGCUCUAGAGAACUGGGUGGCCCUGCAGAACCAGUAUCCCUCAGUGCUCUACAGCAUUGUGGACCUGCACUCCAUCACUCAGCCUCAGGACCCGGCCCAGCUCCGGAGCAACAUACUGGACGUGGCAGCCAGCCUGCUGGCCUGCGGCAUCGACCCAGAGAGGGUAGUACUUUUCCAGCAGUCUCAGGUCUCAGAGCAUGCUGAGCUCUCCUGGAUCCUCAGCUGUCUGACAAGCAUGCCCCGCCUCCGACACCUACCUCAGUGGAAGAUGAAGAGCAAACAAAAGAAUGAAGGCAGUGUCGGUCUCUACACAUAUCCUGUCCUCCAGGCUGCCGAUAUUCUCCUCUACAAGUCCACUCAUGUCCCUGUCGGAGAGGAUCAGAUCCAGCAUCUAGAGCUGGCUCAGGAUCUCGCUCGCAUCUUCAACAGCCACUACGGAGACGUGUUUCCCGAACCCUGCGCCCUGCUCAGCUCGACACGAAAGGUUAAAUCCCUGCGUGACCCUUCUUCCAAAAUGUCCAAAUCCGACGCCCAAAGGAUGGCCACGAUUACCAUCACAGAUUCUCCCGAUGACAUCGCCCUCAAGGUUCGCCGUGCUGUCACUGACUUUACCUCUGAGGUCACCUUUGACCCCGAGACGCGGCCAGGUGUGUCCAACCUGGUGACCAUCCACGCUGCCAUGGCGAAGAUCAGUGUGGAGGAUGCCGUGUCCCAGGCCAGAGGCUUGGACACAGGUGCCUAUAAGAAGCUUGUAGCCGAGGCUGUGAUUCAAAGGUUGACGCCCAUCAGAGAGGAGAUCGAGAGACUGAGGUCGGACCCUGCUCACCUGGAGCGAGUGUUGGCUCAGGGAACCUGCAGGGCCCGGGAACUGGCUGCUCCGGUCCUUAGAGAGGUCCGACAACGAGUGGGGUUCUGCUAAGAGGCAGCUGGGUUAUAGUAUAUGGAGUACAAAGCUGCACUGAUAUCUGGGUAACCUUUUGUUAUUUUAGCCUUUGUCUUUGUCUCAUUGAAGUGAAUGAGAAAGCUGUGUCUUUUGAUACAAUAUGAAUGUUGGUCUGAAUAUAACAAUGUACCUACAUGCUCUUUUUAAAGACUUUCUGGCUUAUUUAUUUGGUUUUGAGUCAUGGCUGUACAUGUUCAACCAAAUACCACACAAAUCAUCUUUUUGAUAUGUUUUCCAAUAUUUUGUCUUCUUGUCCUCUGCGCUAACAGUGCUCAACCAAAGCGCUACGCCACCAAAUAAUGAGACAUUUCUCAUUCAAAGAGACAUCAUUUAUUCAUUCCAUUAUACUUAAUGGGUCCGCAUGUUCAAAUGCAAGUUGGAGUGAGCUUCCAGGAGUUCUGAUGUUGUCGCAGAUGUCCAUGGUUCUGUCCACAUCGGCAACUCAGUCAGAUGUUUGUCUGUGUAGACUGGAGUCAGACUGGACCAACAAAGAGGAAAACACGACAACAGAAAAAAUGAAAACAGAUCCAUGCAAAUGUGAUUCAAAUCAGAUUCAUUGGCGGUUUGACUUGUGAGUCAAGUAUUUUUUUUUUUUUUUUUUAACGUGUGACUGCUCAAACCAGAUUUCUGUAAACACUUUGCUGGUGCUUUACAAAUCUGAAAGACAUGGUGGAAAUGAGGGGAUUGAGAAAAUACAAAUAAAAGUACAAAUUUAAAGAAAUGGAUGUGAAGGUGAACAAACAAUGUAUCUUUCUAGGCAA